UUUCCCUAUAAAUACAAAACUUGUCUAGCAAGUUCUGAGAACUACAUUUAUGAUUUUUCUUUUCGAAAUUUCAUUCCGUAGUGAAUAAACAAAUUCCAUUCACACUGAGAGAGUUUCAUUUGACAAGUAGCUCUAGUUCUUGCUUCUUCUUGUCCAAGAACUAGGGUCUAGACCAAAUCCUACUAAAAUCAUCGACAUGGCCUAUGCUUUUGUAGAAAAUACAAGGAUGUUCCCUUCAACAUCUUAUUUGCUGUCCUUUUAUGCCUCCUUCUCCACAUCCUUGAUGCUUCUACGGAAUGUCUACCAUGAACUGGUACCCAAGAAGAUUGAGACCUUUGUGGUCUCCAAAAUCUUGAGCUUUUUCUCUCGUAGAAAGUUGUCCAAGUCUUUUAAUACCUUCAUCAUCGAUGAUUCAUGGGAUGGCCUUGACCGUAACAAGCUCAUAGAUGCUUCCAGAUUUUACUUAUCCUCCAAGAUUGGUCCCAAGAACAAAGUAAUCAGAGUUGGCAAGUUUAGAGGGCAAAAGAAUGUUACAGCUGCCAUGGUAGAAGGUGAGAAGAUUGUUGACGUGUUUGACGGGAUAGAGAUCACAUGGCAGUUUGCCAAGCAAGAAAAUGAUGAUCGAGCCAAGAAUGACAGGUUUUUCAACAAGGGUCAUUUUGAGAUAACAUUUGAAGAUCAAUACAGGGAAAAGGUUUUUCAUGACUACUUGAAUCAUAUUCUAGAUACUUCCAAGGCCUUAACCCAAGGGGAGAAGGUUUUGAAGCUCUACACAAGGUCUCGCGGUUGCUGGAAUUCUAUUGAUUUUCGACAUCCAUCCACUUUCGAUGCACUCGCCAUGGAUUACCAGUUGAAGAAAUCUAUUAUUGAUGAUUUGGACAGGUUCUUGGGCAGGAAGGAAUUCUACAAGAGAAUUGGCAAGGCCUGGAAGCGUGGAUAUCUACUAUAUGGUCCUCCUGGAACUGGGAAAUCAAGCCUAAUUGCAGCCAUGGCAAAUUACUUGAAAUUUGAUGUGUAUGAUUUGGAGCUUGCAAAUAUUAUUUCUGAUGCUGAUCUGAGGAAAGCCAUGCUUGAUAUUGACAGGAAGUCUAUAACAGUGAUUGAGGAUAUAGAUUGCAGCGCCGGAGUCCACAAACGAUCUGUAUCAUCGGACGAUUCUGAUGAUGAUUGCAAUCUUGUCAAGCAAUUCUCGCUCUCGGGUCUGCUAAACUGCAUUGAUGGAUUGUGGUCGAGCUGUGGAGAGGAGAGAAUAAUUGUGUUCACUACCAAUCGCAAAGAAGUUUUGGACCCUGCAUUGCUUCGUCCUGGGAGGAUGGAUAUGCACAUUCACAUGUCAUAUUGCAGCACUCAAGGAUUCAGAGUAUUGGUCUCUAACUAUCUUGGGAUUGAAGAACACCAUCUCUUUGAAGAAAUUGAUGGAUUGAUCCAGAGUACAGAGGUUACCCCUGCUUCUCUGGCUGAAGAACUAUUGAAGAGUGAUGAUGCCGAUGUUGCUCUUGGGGAAGUCCUCAAUUUCCUUAAGAAAAAGAAAAUGGAAAAAGAAAAAAAUGAGGAGGAAAAGGACAAAAUUGAAGAGGAAAAUAAAAACUCUGCUCAGUGACUCUCUCUAUCAUUUUAAAUUUGUAACUCAUCUCUUUGGAGUAGGUAUCCCAAAUUUCAAUUUGAAAAAUGCUCUGCUCUUUAAUGCA